CCUCCUCUUCCUCUUCCGUGACUUGACUUCUGCUAGUGCUAGUGCUAGUAGCCUGGUUCUGCUACUACCAGCGCCGCCGAUCCCCGCGGGGUUUAUCUUUCCCCUGACGCCGGCCAAGAACUCGCGGUAAAAGGAAAAGAAAAAAAAAACUAAUCUCGAGUCGCAACUCGCAAGCGCACCGGCGCUGGCGCGGCGCACUCGCCGGCGGCGAGAUUCGGGAGCGGAUAGGGAAGGUCAGGAGAAAGGAAGGAAUGAAACCAUUGCGGACUCGGAGCGGCGGAUCGAGCUUUAAAUAAUCUUGCGAUCGGGGGUCGGCGGAAGCAGGGUUCUUUGGUUUCUCUCUCGCUUUCUUUAUUUCCUAGCGCCGGCGGCGAACGAGCUCAGGUGCUGCUGGAACAAGGUUUUGGGGGAGGAGAUGGGUUCGGUCCUGUGCUGCUUGGUCGACGACGGCCGCCGCGACGGCUGCUUCUGCCUGCCAUGGCCUCUCUUCAACGCCGGUCACAGCACGGGCUUCAUUGGUCAUCAAAGAGGGGAUAGUCGAGUUGCACCUGAGCAAGGAAGAAUUAGUCUCACCGCUCCAACACAGCAGGAAUCAAUGGAUACUUUCCGCUGCCCACCAAUGCCAUUGCAUUAUGAUGAUCCUCAAUUCAGCCAUCAAACAGAGCAUCAGCCACUAGUAGGGCAUGACAAAGCUUCAACAACAUCCGACGAAUCUGGUAGCCUUGAAGAAAGCAAGAAUGUUGAUAGCAUAUCAAAUUCCAUAGCUGUGAAGGACAAUGAGUCGUCAGUAAAAUACCAUUCAGGAGGUCUGGACAUUGCCGAAGCACAAGUAAAUGAUCCUGUCGACUUUGAGGAUGAAUGUCCAAUAUGUCUAGAAGAGUACCAUUAUGAGAAUCCAAAGAUCACAUUGCAAUGCAACCACAAUUACCAUCUUGGUUGUAUUUAUGAGUGGAUGGAGAGAAGUCAAACUUGCCCAGUUUGUGCGAAGGUAAUGUUAUUCCAGGAGGAUGCACGAUCAUGAUGCUGCAACAUUUCUGCGAUGGUGGAUACCCACGAGGACUGGAUCAUGUAGAUUGUGUAUAUAGGUUGAGGAAUAUUAAGUCGCUAGAUUGUUUGCUGAAACUUCCAGCGGCGCGAAGAUUUUUUUUUUUUUUUAUUGAUUCUAUAGAGCAGAUAAUUCUGUUUCUCUUUUCUCGCAAAAGUUGCUAGCUUGUGUUAAUCCGAACCUCACAUUUAAAAAGUGUUACAGAUGCGCGUAUGAGUGAUUGCAUUUACCUCUGAUGCUGAAACAUGAAAUUUUCUGAAAACCACUAGCGCCUGGACAUGUGCUUGCUGUUGAAAUGAAGAGGAGAGACAGAUUUGUGGUUAUUGCUGUCAUUAUGUAUCAAACACUGGUAAACUCUUCAUAAUUAUUAUGUGAGGAGUUGCAUGUCAUUAUGUAUCAUAAGUGAAGAAAAAUGCUAGGAUUUUUUAUAUGCAUGUUCAAUGAUGUAUCAAACACUGGUAAACUCUUCAUAGGUAUUGGGUCUGUUAAUUAUAGAUUCUUUAGGUGGAGUUCAAUGUACUUUUAGGUAGGAUUCUAGUUGAUGAGGCAAA